CGCGUGCGCUCUCUUUCUUUCGAUAUUUCCGGUCGAGGUGCAGGAUUUUCGCCGUCUCCUUUUGUGGAGUGUUCCCACAAAAUUUCAAAAUGGAUCCACAAACCUUCAUGAAUAUAGCGACGACGGUCUCUAAACUAAAAAUGUGGCCGUACUUUGACGUUUGUCACUAUAUUUUGAUGGCACUAGCGGUCCGUGAAGACUCGCCACAGACCGGAUCUCAAGCUUUUUCGCGGAAACAUCCCUUAUCAUGCUGGGUGUCGACCAUGUUGAUGUGCUUUGGAGGCAGCAUCCUUGCCAACCUGAUGUUGGGAGAGCCCUGUAUUGUAGCAUUCAAGAGACACGAUAUGGUCUUAACAGCAACAGUAGUGUGGUACUUGAUCAACUACUCACCUAUGGAUAUCUGCUACAAAACUAUGAGAUUAUUGCCCCUCCGUGUAGUUGCAUUCCUUGCUGUUGAAAUUCGGAGGGCCAAACAAGUUCAUGACGGAGUUGCCAUCACUGCAAAGCUUCAUCCAAAUGCUUACCUUUUAAUGAUUAUAAUCGCUGUGUCACGAGGAAGUGGUUCUUAUGUCAUCAAAAACUUUGAACGCCUCGUGAGAGGUUUGUGGAUCCCUACCACUAACGAGCUCCUUCAGCCAUCGUUCACUACAAAGGCUUGUAUUGCGGCAGCCCUCAUCUUUGUGUUGGAGCGUAUGAACUACCUAACAGCACCCCACGCUGUUAUCCACUUCGGCAUUGUGAUCUUCUUCAUCUACUUCCGUCUGUCCUCUCUCCUCUUGGGUAUCCAUGAUCCAUUCCUUCCAUUUGAGAACUUGUUCUGUGCAGUGUUCAUGGGAGGGAUGUGGGAUGCUCUGAGGAGGGUGAAGGAGGAGGUGAAGGAAAACGGGACAACUAAGGACAGCAAGCAGGAUGUUGUCAAGGGCAAGGAUGAGAAGAAGAAGGACUGAGAUUUGUUACCAUGGACAUGUAUGCUGAGAGAAAUACUCCCAAAACCAAUGGAUGCUUCCACACCAACCCUACACAGCUGACAACCUGAGUGGGAAUGACUGCUGUAGUAAAAGUUGUCUUACAUUGUGUUGUAAUAGUUUGAAGAAUACAAUGUGUAGUGGUGUUUGUAAGUCAUAACCCCGUCUCAUGUUUUGUUGUAACUAAAGUUCAGGUGUAAGUCAGCUGCAGAAGCAGUUCCCAGUUAGGUGAAGAUCAGUUAAAAGUGGUGCAGAACAGCAGGAAGGAGAGCAUACAUAUGUGAAGCAUAAUUAAAGAAGGUUGAACACUCAUCUUCAGGAGUUGGGUGCUGUAACAUGUCUUUAAGAGAGAAUUGACCUUAAUUUAACAAUUUUGUGGAUUUUUUAAAAAAAAAUAAUUGUUCUUAUAUCCUCAUAUUUUAUUCAGGUCAAAAUCAGACUUCUUUCGUGAAAAUGUUCUGUUUUUGGAUGUAUCAUUAUCCAAACAGUAAGACACACUUUGUGUAGAUGGUGCUUUAGUUAUAACUUGAAAAUAAACAAUUUAAUGUAGUCUAUAGAAAAGUCAUAAUUGAUUUGGAAAUCAAGGGUAAGUAAGCUUAGUGACUAGUGGACCUUACCAUUUUGCUGCUAUAGGUCCUGAUGAGAGUUAACAUGCUGCCUUGUAGACUAACCUUUGAUACUGAAGUUAUGUGAUUGUGUAAUCUAAAGCUUGUAAAUUGCACAUGUACAAUGUAACUCUUUGUUGAAUUUUUUUUAGAUUAAUUUAUAAAACAGUGAGCAAUUAAUGAGAUUUGUGCAAUAUACAUAUAAUUUGAUCUUUUUUCAAAUGUUGAAAGUCACAGACAUGUUGAAAAAUGGAGACUUAAUUAUUUUCCCUGCUUGUGUAUGGAACUUGAGUAGUUCAGUAGAAGCAGUAAAGAUUCAGUUCUUUCAGAUUGCAUUACACCAUCUGCAUAUCCUGGAUGACUUCUUGAUAUCCUGUAUAGAAUUUGGCUAGUAUGACAGGGUUAUGUAAAAUGUUGAUUAUGAAAGACCAAUAAGACAUUUCAUCACAAAUAUGGGGCUUCUUUUCUAGUUUUAAGUAACUAAAAACUGAAGAGUUAAAAUCAGUCUCUAAGUAGCAUGUUUUAAGCUUCACUACUAUAUGGCUGUACAAUGUGCCUGCCUAAGUUAUUUACUUAUAGCUUGCAUUACUACCUGUAACUGUAUGGUUCCUUUCUACUGUGAUACAAGUGAAUUCUAGCUACAAAGAAUUAGCUCUUUAAAGAAGUCUUUUUGUGUUGUUGUAGUAAAAGAGAAAUUUCGCCUAGAAGUGAUUGAAAAUAAGAUGAAGAACAUUUUAAGGUACAAUCGCUGCUAUCUCAUAAUUGUGCAAUCAAUUGACCAUUAAAUUUAACUAUCAUGAUUAAUACAUCUUAAUGUGGGAAAGGUAAAAACACUUAAUAUGAAGUAAAAUGUGAAUAGUUUGGGUUUUCUAUUUCACAAAAGUUAAGUUAGUUCCUUUUAAGUUGAGUAUUAGUUAAGUUAUCCAGUGACUUGUGCAUAUCUUUGAUAUUCCGAGUACUAAGUAAUGAAUUGAUCCCUUCAUGUUCUCACAUUGAAACAAGGGGCAUUUAUGUCUAAUUCAGUGGUGCUCUUUGAGUAUCACACUGGAAGGACCAGGUCAGGUCUGUUUGAUGUAGCUUGGUUUUAGUAAAGUUUUAUCCGUUUACUUGAUUAGCUCUGCUGUAAGGUAUUGCUAGUCCAAGUGUAUUCAUUUGUAAAUUAAGUGACUAGCAUUGAAUGUGGAAAAACAUGCAGAUCUGUAUGCAUAUGUUAGAACCAAGAAGUCAAUUCUAGCACUUGGUGUACCAGCUAAUCUACUAGGGUUGUUACUUGUGAAUAGUCUGGACAUAAAUAAAAUUAGAAAUCAUUUCA